AUGGAAAUUCCUAACAUCAAUUGUUCCAAAAUGAACAUUCUACUGUGGAAUUGUAAGGGUGCCCUGAAUGGGAACUUCAAGAGAAGAGUUUUUGAAAUGGCGGUGAACCAUUUUCCCUCUAUUAUGGUAAUCACAGAGACUAGGGUGGGCGGUGACAAGGCUGCCAAGAUUAUUGAGGGUCUCCCUUUCGAUGGUUUUUUUGUAACUGAAACCAUUGGAUAUGUUAGGGGGCUUUGGCUACUUUGGAAAAAAGAGAAAGUGGAGGUUUUUGUGCUGGCUGCCACAGAACAAGAAAUUCAUGCAACCAUCAAGGUAUGCAAUUCUGAACUUACUUGGUUAAUUACUGCUGUUUAUGCUAGUCCUCGAUUAAUUGAGAGGAAAAUUUUGUGGUCUAAUCUGUCACAAGUUGCUCUAUUACACAAAUUACCUUGGUUACUUUUAGGAGAUUUUAAUGAAAUCUUGUGUGGGAAUGAUAAGCUAAGGGGCAGACAGAUUAAUCUCAAUAGAGCUUUAGAGUUUAAAACUUGCCUGGAUGAUUGUAAUUUUCUGGACCUUGGGUUUUCUGGACCUAAAUACACGUGGUCUAACCUUAGACAGGUUACCGAUCUUAUUUUGGAGCGCAUUGAUAGAUGCUUUACGAACCCUUCUUGGAGAGUUCUUUUUCCCGAAGCUUCGGUGACCUAUUUACCCAGGGUAUUUUCUGAUCAUUGCCCCGUUCUUCUUGAGCUGACUAGACCCCCACCGUCUUCAACUGAAAAAAAAAAUUUCAGAUUUCAUACUAUGUGGAUUUACCACCCAGAGUUUCUUGAGGUAGUCAGGAGAGCUUGGGACUCUGAAUCCAACCUUCUUUCAGCCAUCAAGAAUUUUGUGGAGAGAGUGAAAGUCUAG